UCAGAAUUGGCCCCAGCAUGUCAACGAAAAAUCAAAUUCAAGCUAAGAGAUAAAUAUCAGAGAAUUAAUGAAGGAAUUUCAGGCUAUGGAAAGUCAACACUUCUGAGUAAGAUCUACACAGAGCUCUACCUCACAGAGGGAGGGGUUGGAGAUGUCAAUCAGGAACAUGAGGUGAAACAGAUUGAAACUGCAUCCAGGAAAAAAACAACACAGGAAAGAUCAAUCAAAUGCAACAACAUCUUUAAACCCUUACCAGAACAGAAACGACCCAUCAGAACUGUACUGACUAAAGGAGUUGCUGGAAUUGGAAAAACAGUCUCUGUGCAGAAGUACAUUCUGGACUGGUCUGAAGGAAAAGUAAAUCAGGACAUUCUCUUCAUAUUUCCACUUCCUUUUAGAGAGCUGAAUCUGAUGAAGGAGAAGAAGCUCAGUCUGGUAAAUCUUCUUCAGAGCUUUUUCCCAGAAACACAAGAUUUAAAACCAAGACAUUACAAGAGCUACAAGAUCAUGUUCAUUUUUGAUGGUCUGGAUGAGUGUCGACUGCCUCUGGAUUUCCAGAACAAUGAGAACUUGAUGAAUAUAGAAGAGCAAACCUCAGUGGAUGUUCUGCUGACGAACCUCAUCAAGGGGAAUCUGCUUCCCUCUGCUCUCCUCUGGAUCACCUCUCGACCAGCAGCGGUCAAUCAGAUCCCUCCUGAGUGUUUUGACCAGGUAACAGAAGUGCGGGGUUUCAGUGACCCUCAGAAACAGGAGUACUUCAGUAAGAGGAUCAGAGAUCAGGACCUGGCUAACAAAGUCUUCACACACAUCAGGUCUUCAAGAAGCCUCUACAUCAUGUGCCACAUACCGGUCUUCUGCUGGAUUACAGCCACUGUUCUAGAGAGAAUGCUGAGUGAAGCUGAGAGUGGAGAAAUUCCCAGAACCCUGACGCAGAUGUUCACACACUUCCUGAUCUUUCAGAUCAAACACAAGAGCCAGAAGUACAGUGGGAAUAGUGACACUGAUCCUCAGCAGACUAGAACAAGUAUCCUGGCUCUGGGGAAACUGGCAUUCCAGCAGCUGGAGAAAGGAAACCUGAUCUUCUAUGAGGAAGAUCUAAGAGAGAGUGGCAUCAAUAUUAGAGAAGUGUCAGUGUACUCAGGAGUGUGUACCCAGAUCUUCAGGGAGGAACAUGAGCUGCACCUCGGGAAGGUGUUCAGCUUUGUGCAUCUGAGCGUUCAGGAGUUUCUUGCUGCUUUAUAUGCAUUUCUCUGCUUCAUUGACAGAAGCGUUCUGAAUCAGCAAACCACUAAAAACCAAAACACUGAACUAUCUGAACUCUUCAGCAGGUCAUCGAUGACUGACUUCCUCAGCAGUGCCAUAGACAGAGCCUUACAGAGUGAGAGUGGACACCUUGACCUGUUCCUUCGUUUCCUCCUAGGUCUCUCACUGCAGUCUAAUCAGAAUCUAUUACGAGUCGUACUGACACAGACAGAGAGGAUCUCUCACAGCAAUGAGGAAACCAUCAAAUACAUCAAGAAGAAGAUUGAGGAGAACUCAUCUCCAGAGAAAUCCAUCAAUCUGUUCCACUGUCUAAAUGAACUGAAUGAUCAUUCUCUGGUGCAGGAAGUGCAGAAAUACCUGAGUGGAGGUGGUGACCGUCGUCUUCAACAGGCCAGCCUCUCUCCUGCUCAGUGGUCAGCUCUGGCGUUUGUGUUGGUGAACUCAGAAGAAGAGCUGGAGGAGUUUAACCUCAGUAAAUAUGAUCCAUCAGAGGAGUGUCUUCUGAGGCUGCUGCCAGUAGUUAAAAUAUCCAGAAGAGUUGUACUAGCUUCAUGUAAUCUUGGAGUAAAGACGUGUGAAAAUCUGGAAUCAGUUAUAAACCUGGAAAACUCCCCCCUGAAAGAGCUGGACCUCAGUAACAACGACCUGCAGGAUUCAGGAGUGGAGCUGCUCUCUGCUGGACUGAAGAGUUCACAAUGUAAACUGCAGAUUCUCAGAUUAUCUGGUUGUAUGAUCACAGAGAAAGGCUGUUGUUCUCUGGCUUCAGCUCUAAACCCCUCCCACCUGAAAGAGCUGGAUCUGACCUACAACCACCCAGGAGAGUCAGGAGUGAAGCUGCUUUCUGACAGACUGGAGGAUCCACACUGCAAUCUGGAGAAACUCGGGUAGGUCUGAACUGAUAAUUAUGUUAUCAACUUAUUGUAAGAUAAAUAUUGUUGUACAUGUUGUACAUAUUUGUCACUCUCGAUAUUGUCUGUUGUGCUCUUUCCUGUGUGUG